GACCGACGGAGGUGCAUUUUGGGUCAGUGUGCAUGAUGAUGGUGCGGUUGUACGAUCGGAGGGCGCUAUUGAAGCAGAUGGUCGAAGGGAGCAUGGCCGGCAGAUGGAAGGCGAUGCGGUGGUCGACGACCAAACUGCUGUCCAAAGCAGAUUUUGUGUUCAUCACGUUGCGGAGGGAGAGUUGGUGGCCGGAGUUGAAGAAGGUGGUGGAGGUGAUGGAGCCGUUGUAUAACUUGCUUCGGAGGAUGGACAAGGACGGGACUGCACCGUCAAACCUUGUGGAGUACGACAAGCUCAUGGAGAGGAUGCUGGGGGAGGUUGUACUUACCACGGAGCAGCGAGACACGGUGCUCGAGAAGAUGAGGGACCACAUGACAAAUGCGGCAAUCGGUGCACGGCUUGCUCCGACGGAGCGGAAUUGGUCUUCGAUGGACUUGGUCCACUCGAAGCGGCGGAAUAGGUUGAACCCUUCAACCUUGGAGAAGUUGGUGUAUAUUCAUUGGAAUAUGCAACUUCUGCGGUCGAGGAAGAACGUGAAGGACAACGGUUACAUCGAUUUGUGGGCGCAGUUCUUCAAGUCUUUGCCGGAGCCGGAGGCGGACGACGGUUCUACUUUGAAUGAGCCUGUGGAGGAGAAGGACAAGACGGAGGAGGAGCUGCUGCGGGAACGGGCCUUCACGAAGACACCAAAGGGCCGGAUUCCGAAAUGCCUCGAACACAAGGACGAGGACGAGGAGCGAACCGACGACAGCGACCUUAACGACGAGGUGUGGAAGGGGAAGACUCCACAGUCGGAGGCGUCCAGCGAAGAGGAGGUUGACGAGUCAUCGGACGAUGACUUCGAGUUGGGACUCCCACCUCCAAUCCCGUGCACCACAUAUGUCGGGAGGAGGGCAGCCGCAACGCCGUCGAGAACAGCCGCCUGCAACACCUUCUCAAUGCCCGAAGAACACCGCAACGCACUACAGCAUCCAAUCGGAUGUUGACCUGCCGCAGAUCGACACCGACAUGGAGAUGGUGCUUCGCGCACAUCCAAUC